UGCAAGCGUUUGAGUUUGGCGAGGCCGGCUCAGCGGUGCUGGCACCGCUUUUCCAGCUUGGCAAGCUUCUCCAGUCGGAUGACUACCAGCGUCAGAUUGUGCCUUGUGUGGUCAAGCUGUUCUCGUCGACUGACCGCGGCACACGCAUUAACCUGCUCCAGCAGCUGGACCAAUUUGUAGAGCAUCUGCAACCGAACAUCGUCAACGAGAAGAUCUUCCCGCACGUUGCUCUUGGAUUCAACGACACCGUGCCCGUCAUGAGAGAACACACGAUAAAGUCGAUGCUAUUGCUUGCCCCCAAGCUCAGCGAGAAAACGAUGAAUGGUGAAUUGUUGCGUCACUUUGCGAAGCUGCAAAUGGAUGAGCAGCCUGGAAUCCGUACAAACACCACCAUCUGCCUGGGCAAGCUAGCACGUCACCUCAACAGUGGAACCCGUCAGAAGGUGCUGCAGUCGGCGUUCAUGCGGGCACUCAAGGACCCGUUCCCGCCGGCACGUCUAGCCAGUCUGCGCGGCAUGGUGUCCUGCGUGGCGUACUUCUCCGACGACGACCUAGCCGUGCGCCUGCUGCCAGCCCUGUGUGUGCUCAUGGUCGACAAGGACAAGACUGUCAGAGACGCGGUCUUUGAAGGGGCCUCGGUGUUCAUCCAGAAACUGGAGGAGUCGUCAAGAACGCGUGGCGCAGCAGCACCAGAUGAUGCUAGCGCUGCAGCUGCUGGUGUUGGAAGUUCCGGGUUGGCAGCAGGUGCCUCAGCGGCAAGCUGGGCUGGCUGGGCAGUGACCUCCUUGACGUCCAAGAUCUACAGGUCCGACGGCACAUCCAUAGACGGUGGUGCUGCUGCUGGUGGUGGAGCUGGUGGUGUGCCAAUUGCUGCCCAGUCUCAGUCAUCAGCUGGCAUGGCGAGCACAACAGCACAGGCCAAGCCACCACAGCCAGUAGCCACUGCUGGUGGCAAAGGACGCGCGGACUCUUCAAGAGUGCAGGCAGCGCACAGCUCUGUUGCAGGCCAUGCUGAAGCUGAUACCGGUUGGGAUGACGACGAUGACGAAAGCUGGGAAGCCAUUGAGGAUAGUUUUACUGCAUCUGCACCGGCGAAGAAGUCAGCUCCGUCGUCAUCAUCAUCUGGACCAACAAAGAGCAAUGUUGGAAGUUCCGCAAAGAGGAAAGACAGUGAUGGCGGUGGGAAUGAGAGCGAUGGCUCUGGUGCUUGGAACGACGAUGAUGACUGGGGAUCGUUUGGUGGAUCAUUCGAUAGUCCCGCGGCGAAGAAGACUACUUCAACAAAGGGUGCAAGCACAAGCAACGCCAGCACUCAUGCGUCAAGAAAGGCAGACAGUCACCAGCCACCGCCAGCCAGCAGUAGAGCGAAGUUGGGUGGAAUUGGUGGAUCACAAGCGUCAAAGCCAGCAGCGACCUCUACCAAGGCGGCAGCAGCAGCAACAACAGCAAAUAGCAACACGGACAGCACUGUGAGUGGUAGUGCCGGUGGCAGCAGCGGUGCCACUGCCACCACCACUGGGGGUGGUGAUGGAUGGGGCGACUCUGGAGAUGGCUGGGGUGAUGAUGACGACGACGCUGACUGGGGAACAGCUAUAGAUAGUGCGCCGACCAAACCUGCUGCUAGUUUAGGCGCAACAAAGUCCAAGAAAGACGGCUUAGGCACCAGUGCGGCUAGCGGCAGUGCUAAGGCAAAGAAGGGCGCAAUGUCAUUAUCGGCCAGCAAGCCAACAUCAAGUGGCUCCAGCAUGGAUGGCUUUGUGAAAGAUGACUCCAUGCCCACCGCUGCAAGCCUCUUUGCAGACACGUCUUCCAGCAAAUCAGCCGCUAAAACGAAAUCCUCUGGUACGGCCAUGGUGAAACCAGCGGCUGCUGCUGCUUCUGCGGUGACGACGACUACUGGCGAUGGUAAUGGGGGUGAUGACGGCUGGGGUGACACUGGCGACUGGGGAGACCUUGGAGAUGGCGAUUGUCCCACCGCUCGGUCCACUGCAGCUACAGCAUCUCCAUCUAGUGACACAGCAGCUGUGUCCAGUAGCUCCACCACCGCCACCACUACUGCAGAGAAGAAUGCGCUCCGUGAGCAGCGUCGUGCAGAGCAGCGCAAGCGCCAAGAAGCAGCCAAAGCCAAGCGGGCGGCAGCUGCUGGGGCUGGCAAGCCGAAACUUGGUGGUGCCAUGAAGCUCGGUUGAGCUCUCCAAGCGAAAUAUCCCGCUGACUGGCUUUAUCUUAGAAUUAAUUUAUCUCUAUUUCCACUCAUCAUGAUGUGAGUAUGCACUCCCCCCUCCCCCCCCCCCUCCCUUACUUAUUGUUGAAGAUGUUCGAGUGUUUUGCUCUUGUUCCGUCUUCAUCGCUUCUUCUAACGUUAUAUUUUGCAGUAUUCCUUCUCACUUUAGUUUCCCACUGCAAUAAUUAUGUGAACGAUAGUUUAUUCUGUUGAACUACAAUAUUCCGUUUUACAUAGGACUCUGAAUUGAAAGCGACCCGGUUUUGCUACUUUUCAAAUUCUGGCAACUGCUGUUUUCCGUCUGGUCGUUCUAUGGGCCUUUGAGCUACUGCUGCUACUAAUGCUAAUGAUGUCACGGCUGCUGAUGAUGAUGUCACUGCUUUGCUGCUGUCUCUCCACGUACACACAACCCAACCCAUGCAGGUCAUGGCCGAAUAGGUCUGUGUCAGCUGCAGGCUUGCUAUUUUUUUAAACAAUUUUGCUGGUUUUAGCACUGUUCAUAUAUCUUGUGUUUCAUCCACAUCAACUUUCCAUCAUAUCUUCUAAGGA